UCAGUCUGUAUGCAGCUCCAGCCUGUAUCUCCGCCGUAGGGGACGUAGACCGCAGAGCAUGUGGCGUGAAGCCACCAGUGUGUAAGGUUGCGGAGCACCGCGCGAGUUACUCCACACGUUCCUGAUCGUAUCUACAAGUCUUGAACACAUUCCUCCUGGAAAAUUUCAUAAAUUAGCUUUCAGGCCAGUAGUUUCACGACAAACGAUCGCUGUUCCCGUGUCUGUUGUAUUAUCAUUCUGCUCGCUAACCCGAAAUGAAGCUGGCCACCACCGUGCCAUAUUGGAUUCCUGCAUGCUGUUGGCCGUCGCAGUGUUCAACUCAAACCCGUAUUGGAACCGGUAGAUGUGUUUUGGCCGUUAUUUCCACUACAUCGUAGUCAGUGUCGUACUACUGACCCGUGCCACUGUGUACGUGUAGAAUAGGUCUGGUUGCUCUGGAGGUGUUUCCUUGAACCGUUCUACUCCAUCAGUGAUCAUUGGUGUUGACUCGCUGAAGUGGUGUGCAUGCAGCGGAUCGGAGCUCAUUCGACUUCCUAGGUUUUGUGCGUUGCUCUCGCAUCGCUGGACAAGCUGAGCAGCAGAUUCUGGGAGUCUAAACAUCGUGGAACAUCAAUCUGACAGGCAGUCGAGUAUCAGGUAUACAGCACCGACUACCAGCAUGGAAAAGAAUACACAGGAGCGUACCCCACGCACCAGGGAUGUGACACCGGCAUAUGCGCAGGUCACCAGUAGCGACGACUGCAGUGAGUUUGACGAUGACGACGACGACGGCUCACUAGCAAGCGUGGCGAGUCACGUGAUGGUGAUUCAUGACGCGGAGAAUGGUUUGGUGUUCAGCACCACCGAUGACGUCACUCUGGCCUCUUCACUCUGCUCAUCGCUGACUGUGUCGUCGAUGACAGUCCCGAGCGACGUCAGCGGUGUUUUCGACACCGACGCCACCACCGGCGGUGGAAAACUCAAACAGCAGACGCAGCCUUCCAGGCAGAAAGUGUAUCAGCGCAAGGCCAGACAACCACGCAAUUCCAAGUCCACCGCCCACUCGUCAACCGGCUGUGCGUGCAACGAGAUGUGUAUGUGCAUGUCGCGACAAGACAUGACGGAGGAGAAGAGACGUGCAGCACAGCAGGCAAGGAGUGGCAGUGCCCACAGCUCUGUGACUUCACUGGGCUCUGCCAUUACUCCGCUGAGUACCGGGCAGACGGAGGAUAGGGAAACACUGGCUGCACUCCUUCAUGAUGUCGAGAUUCUUCAAGAUCCCUACAAGUUCAUUACUAUAGCUGAUAUAGACCAACACCAGCAGCAGCAGCAAGACUCAUCUAGAGACAUAACUCAGUGUAAUAUUGCAGGAUCAUAUCAGAGGUCUGCAAGGCAACAGCAGCAGCAGCAGCAUGGUGUAAGUGCACAAGAAGAGCCCGGCUCAACCAGCACUGAACCGGGUGCUCCAACACAGGAUGGUGCAGAUCCUGCAGUGCUGGGACAGCUGAGCUCGAAAACACGGUCCAGAGUGGCACCAUAUGCACUUGCCUGGCUUGCUGCCCUGAACACAGAUGCUGUCUACGACCAUGCUGAACCGGGGGGUUCUUCCCCUGUGGCCGGUCCACCAAGACCUGAAUCGGGGGCAUCAUCCAUCAGAACUGGGGAGUCGUACCCCGGAAGGGGAACAUCCUCUCUAGAUAAGGGCCUUUCAAUCACUGAAGACUCGUCGAACAGCCAGGCCACCCCCAGUUACCGACAUGAGGCAGAGACUGCAAGGCUGGUGUGGUCUAGGAAGGUAUCACAGGGUAGCAGCUCCAACAAGGCCAUUGUGAGCAGCACGAACCCAGAUGCGGAUAACACCGAUACGGGUUUGCAAUCUUCAGCUAAACCUGCUGAUCAUGGUGGCAGUGGACUACAGGAAAACAAGACAUCGGGAACCACUAACACUGACAGUCAACCUGCACUAUUCCAGAAGAGAGCGUCUCGGAGAAAUGUAGCAGGUGUGGAUAUGGCCCCACGGCAACGGAGUAGGACCCAGUUACCAACGGCUGGUGAUACAGAGAGGAGCAGUUCUACUGUAGUGUUGGCAACAUCUCCACAUUCCGUAGUGCACGGCACGACAUCCAGGUCCGGCGCCGAAGAGACACAGAACUGUGAACGGCAGCAGAGGGUAACAUCGACAUCACCAUGUGACAAUAAUGCAGUCAGCCGGACAUGUGUACAUGAUGGCACAGCACGGCCUACUACUGAUGAUGACAAACUGGAGAUGAAUGCAUCGAGUGCUGCACCACCUUCAACGAAACAUGCCUCUCAUACAACUCUACUGAAAGAACAGCGUAGGCAAGAAAGGCCGCAGAGAAAAGAAACUCGUGCUGCCCUGGAAGAGGACCAUGCGGGACUUCAGGAAAGCCGGCACAGAACACCUCAUCUGAAAAGAUCCCAAACAAACAAAACUCGGACUGCACUAAAUGCUGAGCAGUCGACUAAUAACAAGGACAAUAAAGAGGCAACAUUUCAGAGGGAUACUUCACGAGUAGGGGUAACUGCUAAAGAAGCAAACCCUGAUCAGCACAGACCUGUACAGGCAAUUGCUGAACAGCCAAUCCCUUCUAUCUCAUAUGGAAAAAAGGCAACCAAUGAAGAAAUUAAUGAGGAUACUGAUAAGCCAUCACCACCACCAACACCUGUGCCACCACCGACACCACCACCGCGACCCAAUGCGGCACGACGUCGCUCUGUCAAACCUGCCUACUCCAUUACCAGGCGCAGGGGCAGCAGCAGCGGCAGCAGGGCAGACACAUCAGGCACGUCAGCAGAUACAGGGCAUGCAGCAGAGCAUGACGGUCAAAGACUGAGUGAAGAAAUUGAGCCAACAAGAAGCAAAACAGCAGCAGAGCCAUCAGCAGUAUCAGCAGGGCCAUCUACAACAGCCAGUGGACCUGAUAACAUCAUGACAUCAUCAUCAAUUGCCAUGACAUCAUCAUCAAUUGUCAUGACAUCAUCACCUUAUGCUAUGACACCAUCACCUAAUGCUACAACAUCAUCAUCACAGCACUGCUCUAAAGCCAAACAAGCAGACUCGUCUAGGUCGCAGUCAAGGAGUUCCACCACUGGCAACCCAAGCUCCACAUUGGAGCGGCCUAGACCGUCUGAUUGCAGUAGCUCGCCUGACAAUCCGUUCAAGACUCCGCCGCAGCAGGAUAUCACAACACACAUGACGAGACUGCAGGACCGGCGAGCACGGAGACAGGCGGCAGUGGACCUGCAAUCGCCGGUUGUGUCACCACCUCACUCCGCUGAGCCUGGGUACGGCAAACAGGGCUACCCAGAGGCAGGGGUACUGGAUAGAUACACUGCUCCUGUUCCCGAGUCGCGGUCUCGCCUGCUGGAAGCAUUGAACAACAGGCACAAGUCCACAGAGCACCGAGGUGUUGACCAGGACGGUGUUCCGUACAAGCUAGCCGGCUACAAUCGCUGGUCCAUGCACAACCUAAUGCACAAGGAAGCAGGCAAGGAGAGCUCUCCGUGGAAGGCAACCGCAGGAGAUCGCGCACGCGCCGACACCGGACCUGUACAAUUUACUCUCGUCGGUGGUCUGCCCGCUAGAGUGAGUACAGUAUACCCUAAACUGCAACACGGCCAACAGGAAGACAAAGAGGACGGUGUUGACGAGGAGCUUGCUGACUACUACAUGCAACGUAAGCCAAUAGCCCGUGACCCAUAUCUGCAGCACAGACCGCUGCAGAGAGUUAGCGAAGACGAAAAGAUAGUCCUAAAGGACACGGCCUCGAAAUCGUGUAGACCGUCGACGUUUCAAUUCCGGCGCAGACCACUGUCCCCGAUCAGACAAGUUGAUGAACUAGUCGAAGACGAGGAAGAAGAGGAAGAGGCUGAUGAGAUGUCGAAUACUGACAGCAGGGGCGUGGCAGUGCAGCCUGGCAGCCAUCAAGCAAACAACCACGAGCAGCUCCUACAGAAACCAUCCACACGUGCCCGUUCCUUACAAGAUAUCGGUAGGAUGGAUGCAGUAGAUCCAGCGCCAUCACCAUCGUCAUCGCUAGCACCAUCACCAGUGGCAGCAACAACAGCAGAGGCAAGCAGACAGAAACAAACCGCAGCCUCUGCUCCAAAGGAUCAUACUCAUACGGCAAACCUGACAACAUCUAGGCAAGGUCACAGACAGCGAAGUCAUGUGAAAAGAAGAAACUUGCGCCGCCAACACGCUGUCGCCAGUGGUAAAGCCACAUCACCUCCCAGCAAUCAGGACCAGACAAAAAGCGCCAAUGCUGGCAAAACAACCGCCGAGUCUGAGAAUACCGAAGCCGCAGCAGAGGAGAAAUCCCAUCUACUGCCACAAAUUGGAUUGAAAACUAAUGAAGCAGCAAUUACUAAGCCGUCUGCUACACCGAAAAGGCCAAAGUUGACUCAUCAGCAACGCGUCAAUUCGGCUGAUUCACCAAGGCAAGACGAGCAAUGGCAUUCGACCAACAACAAAAAACAGUAUGAUCCUAAAUUGGACUCUGCUGUGGCUACUGGAGCCACCAGCAAAGCCAGUGGGCACAGCGCAGCUACUGGACUUGGCACAGCUACUGAAUCCAGUACAGCCACUGGACUUAGUACAGCCACUGAAUUCAGUACAGCUCCUGGACUCAGCACAGCUACUGGAACCAGCACGGCCACUGGACCCAGCACGGCCACUGGACCCAGUACAGCCACUGGACCAAACACAGUCACUGAAUUCAGUACAGCUACUAUACCCAGUACAACCACUUCAGCCAGUACAGCUACUGGAGGCAGCACAGCCGAUGGGCACAGCUCAGCUACUGGAGCCAGUACAGCCACUAUGCUUGACACAGUCGCCGGACCCAGCACGGUACCUAACCCAAUCAGCAACACUAGCAGACCCUGUACGUGUACAUGCCACUGUCGUAGUCACAUUGAUACCAACACCCGGGGACAUCGACGGCAGACAUCAAGAGAACCGGGGUUGGAUGGCUUAGUGUUGCCUUCAACGCCACGUCUCACCAACGAUAGACUUUCACAGGGUGUCUUCAACGCGCUAGGCACAACUACAAUCCUGUCUAUCGAUAUCAACACUACCAAUUAUGGCAGCGCCUCUGAAAACGGUGACAACAGUGGUGGUAACUAUAGCAACGAAAAUGGUGGAAACCAUGGAACCAACAGUGGUAAGAACAGCUCUGGUGAUGUCGGCAGUAACUAUGGCAACAGUAUGGGCAAUGAAAGAAGCCAUCAAAAUCACCAUGGUGAGGAGUUGCCAGAGCACAGAGACAAACACCGAGAAGGGUCUGUUUCGCCGCAAGGGCAGAGCCGAGGGUCGGAAGAAUUUGUCCUCACCUCCAAACACCAACAGUUGGACACGUGUUCAGGCACAGCGCCUACACAUCCUGACAACCAACCAGGACAACAGCUACAAUCUCUACCACCACCAUCACAACCACUGGUGCGGCCCCGGCGGUCGUCAUCACAAGCACAAGAGCAGAGGACAACGUCAUCGUACGCCAUACGCCAGCUGGACGGAGACGUAGCGGCAACCAUAGCCGGUCUUGUUAACGGCACGAUCAGGCCAGCUGGUCACAUGACAGGUCACGUGACAUCACACACAGCAACAUGUCACGUGACAUCACAUACAGCAACAGGUCACGUGACAUCACAUACAGCAGCAGGUCACGUGACAUCACAUACAGCAGCAGGUUUUGUGACAUCACAUUCAGGGACAGGUCAUGUGACAUCAUAUACAGCAGGGAGUCAUAUGACAGGAAACCAAGACCAGCACCGGGUAUUACCUAGAUGGGACGGCGGCGACGGUGGUAGCGAGCAGUUUGGUUCCGCCUUGGUGGAACAGGGUUGCGAGGCAAUACCACACCAGCGGAACAAAGAGCCGAUGACGACUACCUCCAUGAAGAUAAUGCAACGUGAACUACGUGUUCGCCACACUAUUUCCUACCCCAGGCCAACUACAGAGCAGACUGGAGCAUCGCAAGGCGCACGAAAGCAACUCAAGCGGCCCAACCAUCCCACGUGGAGACCAACGGGACCAGCCUCUCGCAUUCAGAAUACCCCCAAUGUUCCACACAGACCUGCCACUACCACGCAGAGUAAAUCCUCGGCAACACGCAAGCCGGCUACUGCCCCAUCUCGUGACCGCAGCACUACUAAACCAACUGUGCAGCCAGCAACCAGAGCAAAGACAACGAAACCGAGAAUUCAGCCGACCGCCACCGGAGGUGCUGCUCGUAUGUCCACGCGUAAACCCAACGCCGACAGAAACCCCGCUAGAAGCUCUCUAACCCAGGUGACUGGCCGCGGUGAUCGGGUCAUGCACACGGCAUGGAGCAGCAAUGGUGCUCAGGGUGCUAGCACACGGCUUGCUCUAAGACAGUCGUCAGUAGCACCGCACGCAAUGACUAGCACAGCUCACAGUAACAAGAAUCUAAAACAGGAGACGAAAGCAAUUCACUCUGCCACCGCCGCUGCCACCACCACCACCGCCGCCGCCGCCGGGAAGAAAAGACGAAAGAAGAAUGCUACUUCAAGUGGGAGGAAGAAGGUAGCAGGUGAACUACUACCGUGGUCAUCGGACGAGGAGAUUAAAGAAUUGACAGCUGGUCAGGAAGCAGACCAUACACCCAGUGCUGACCUCACACCCAGUCUUGAAGAUCAUCCCUAUCGCAAUUCUGAUCCUGAACGACUGGUAUCGUCAGAAGAUGACAUCGCCGACGGCCAACCAGAGAGCGUUAGCGAACGGCAUAACAAGACCCUGGCGAAGCAGCAAGAGAUGCUUGCACGUAACCGUGAGUCUAGACCCAAACAUCCACCGUCUAGCUUCCCAAAGUAUCCGAAACCGGAGAUCUACGGCAUAAUCAAACCAGAACUGACCGAAGGACCGUUCAAAUCCAUCAACGAGCAGCUAUUCGGUAAGCCUCCUCCGCCAGUAGCACGAACCAGGCGGAAGACGACGCAAGCGGAAAAGAAGAAGACGGCCGAAGAACGGCUGGCUGAAAUGUAUUGGAGGCUACGCGAGCGGCAGGAUCGGCGACAAGAGGCUGAACUAGAAGCUCAAGACUAUCAAACAGUUCAACACAGCACUCCCGUGAAGGUAAAUCCAAGCAAGCCGCACUUGCAUGCUACCAUAACACAGCAGGAUGUCACAAGAAACUCCAAACCGGUACCAGGCAAGCAUGAGUCGAUGGCUGCCGGUGGUUUUGCUCGCUCUAGUGCACGGCAGCAGGAAAGCAAAGGAGAAUGGGAGAUCGUGGAACCCAUCUCCAAGUCAGCACCCACCUACACACACCACGCCACUAGGUUGCCCCCGGUUCUCCAAUCCGGAGAUGUCCCCUUGAUCCCGUGUCUGCACACGUCACCGCUACGACUAAAACCGUACAGAUCGCCGCAAGACAGACCCGACCGGAAGCCGUUCAUCAUGCAGAAGCUACAAGAGGACGCCGUGCCCUCGUCCCCAGAACCCGACACAGAAGGACAUUGUCAUGACAAAGAUGGCCG